CUUGAUCCAUCCAAACAGUAAAAUUUGCAUAGGUUUGGUAGGAAUGGGCGACGGCUAGCGCUAAAGGUUUGGUAGGUCUUCGUCCCAUCUCUCGCGAGCCCGCGCGGCGCGUGCUGCCGGCGAGGUCUUCGUUCGCUCGACAAGAGGAAAACAAGGAUUGGACUGAACUCCACUGAAUCCCACCUCGCCGGAGAGCUCAGUGAUGGCCGCCGCCCCCGCCACACCGGACAAGCGCAAGGAGGAAGACAGGCUCAUGAGGUCGCCCGCGAGCGUGGCGGCGGACUUCGCCAUGGGCGGCGCGGCCGCCGUGGUCGCCAAGACGGGGGCCGCGCCGGUGGAGCGCGUCAAGCUGCUGCUCCAGAACCAGGGCGAGAUGCUGCGCCGGGGGACCCUCACGCACCCCUACAAGGGCAUUGCCCACGCCUUCGCCCGCGUCCUCCGCGAGGAGGGCGCCGCCGCGCUCUGGCGCGGCAACCAGGCCAACGUCAUCCGCUACUUUCCCACCCAGGCUUUUAGCUUUGCAUUCAAGGGUUACUUCAAAAGCUUCUUUGGCUACAACAGGGAGAAAGACGGAAAGUGGAGGUGGUUAGCUGGAAAUGUAGCCUCUGGCAGUGCUGCAGGAGCUACGACGUCAUUGUUGCUAUACCAUCUAGAUUAUGCACGGACAAGGCUAGCUACUGAUGCAAUUGAAACCCGAGGAAACAAACGCCAGUGCAGGGGGCUGCUGGAUGUGUACAAGAGGACACUUAUGACUGAUGGCAUAUCUGGACUAUACCGAGGUUUCAGUGUGUCUAUUGUGGGAAUCACCCUGUACCGGGGUCUGUAUUUUGGCAUCUAUGACACCAUGAAGCCUCUUGUUCUAGUAGGACCAUUGGAGGGGAAUUUCUUCGCCAGCUUUGCCUUGGGCUGGGCAAUAACUACAUUCUCGGGGGCCUGCGCCUAUCCAUUCGACACGGUCCGCCGUAGAAUGAUGUUAACUUCAGGGCAACCAUUCAGAUACAGGAACGGUUUCCAUGCAGUGAAGCAGAUAGUUUCAAGUGAAGGUUUCUUGACAUUGUUCAGAGGUGUGGGUGCAAAUAUUCUGUGUGGAAUGGCAGGAGCUGGAGUUCUUUCCGGGUACGACCAGCUCCAACGGCUUGCGAACCGACAUGGUCACAAUUUUGAGCGGAAGAUUAAAGGGGCAUUGAAAUGAUGUGCAUGUGGAUAUGUAUAUAUCCAGAUCCUUGAUCGAAGGCCAGAUAGUUCAAACGAGAUGCGCAAAACAAGGACUACUGAGGGCAAAGAACUUGGCAGAAGUUAAUGGGGAAGGAAAAGGCAAAAUUUCCAGGACCCAGGGAUAGGAGAUGGAGUCAACUCAACUGAAGAUAACUCUGGUAACCAGAGAGUGCUCUUAAUAUUCUAGAACGUGUAGUUCUGAUUCUUCAAGUGUGAAUAAAUGUAGAUGUCUCGUUCAUUUGGUGUACAACAGGGUAUCCUAUCAACGCAAAAUGUACAUCUUAUUAAGAGAAAAGGUGGAAUGUGAAUAGCACAUAUUGGAUUGGUUUGUUGAAUCAUAUUCAUCUCCCUUUGCGGUGAAUCGGAUUGGCUGUGUGUGUAUUUGCAUGACA